GGAGGCGGGCAGUCCGAGCUGCCGGUCCCCGCGAAAUAAGCCGUGCGAUCGCCGGGCGGAUGAAUUAGUUGUCAUUCGGUGUCUGCAUGGAGGGUAAGUUCAGCGCGCAGGGGACAGAGUGUCGGGGAUGGAGCUGCUGUGCGGAGUCACGACGUGCGACGCAACGCGGCUCGUCAUCAUGACCUGAAGAGAAUCACGAUGGGAUUUCUUUAGUGACGUGAAAUUUAGGUUGGAUGCAAUUAGACAUGGUUUUAUAGGCGCUGCGUGUUUCACCAGCAGCUGAACAUUAUCGCUGCUUUUUUAAAUCCACGUUUCUGCACCAUCUCCUGGUUUUUUGUGCUUUUUUUUAAAUUUUACGCACGUUUCCACCAACCGCAGAAAUUUCAGAGUAGAUUUUUUUGCACCUUGAACUUGCUCUGACUAUCUUGCAAUAUUCAUUCUUUUCAAUUAACGUUUUUUGAUUUUGAUUUUUUUUUAUUCCGUGAAGUGGCUGCGCUGUGCGUGCAGGAGGCGCUGACAUUGCGCGCCGGUGAAGUCAAGUGUUUUGCGGAUUUCUGUGGGAACACAACGCUCCGUGCACCUGUGGACCAAACGAAAAAAACAUCCAGCUCCAAGAUCAUUUUUGUUUUUCACACAUAAACACCGUGGUUUAAUUUUUUUUUAGUGUUUCCUCAUCAUCAUAACGCGUGAGUCGGAUGCUCGGUUGCACCGUGAGCAGUCGGUGCUCUGACCACAUUCAGCCGCCGCUCGACGCGUGUGGAUGGGCUCUGUCGGUCUCUUCAGCUCCUAACUACCGGUAACGAUGGCAUCACACGGUUUCUGGUCUCUUGGUGGAGAUAAUGCGGGGGCCAACACCGGGAGUCAGAGCCCCAGUACGCCCAGGGCUUGGUGCCAAGCGGCGGCCCAGAAAUUAUCCGGAGGACUUGGAUCGAAACUAUGUGCGCUGCUCAAUGUCGGGGAGGUGGAGAAAGCCGCCGAGCCCGGCUCCGCCAAGCAGCCGCCGGAGGCGACUACAGGCGACUGCGGCUGCAACAAAUCCUGCAACUGCACCAAAGCUGCCGUGGGCUUCUCCGACCUAUAUUCAACAGACCUGUUACCUGCCAUGGACGGGGACACCAAGACGAUGACCUUCCUGCAGGAGGUGGUGGAUAUUUUACUGGCCUACAUCGUGGAGUCGUUCGACCGGGAAACGAAAGUGAUCGACUUCCAUUAUCCCAACGAGCUGCUGCAGAUGAACAACUGGGAGCUGCAGGGCGAGCCUGCGACUCUGGACGACAUCCUGAUCAGCUGCCGAGCCACACUUAAAUACGCCAUCAAGACAGCCCACCCCAGGUACUUCAAUCAGCUCUCCACAGGAUUAGACAUGGUCGGACUGGCAGCCGAUUGGCUCACAUCCACCGCCAACACCAACAUGUUCACCUAUGAGGUGGCUCCCGUCUUUGUGCUGCUGGAAUACGUCACUCUGAAGAAGAUGAGGGAAAUCAUUGGCUGGACUGACGGACGAGGAGACGGCAUUUUCUCUCCUGGUGGUGCUAUUUCCAACAUGUACGCCAUGCUGUUGGCCCGCUUCAAGAUGUUCCCUGAAGUGAAGGAGAAAGGAAUGUCAUCUGUUCCCCGACUGGUGGCCUUCACGUCUGAACACAGCCACUUUUCCAUCAAGAAAGGAGCAGCAGCUCUCGGCAUCGGGACUGAAAGUGUGAUCUGCAUCAAAGUCGACGAGAGCGGUAAACUGAUCCCAGCCGACCUUGAGAGGAGAAUACUGGAGGCCAAACAGAAGGGUUUCGUACCUUUCUUUGUGAGCGCAACCGCUGGAACAACCGUAUACGGAGCCUUUGACCCGCUCAUCCCCAUUUCUGACAUCUGCAAGAAGUACAACAUCUGGAUGCAUGUGGACGGUGCAUGGGGAGGAAGUCUGCUGAUGUCCAGGAGACACAGGUGGAAGCUGGACGGAGUCGACAGAGCUAAUUCAGUCACAUGGAACCCACACAAAAUGAUGUCAGUCCCUCUGCAGUGUUCGGCCCUGCUGGUCAGAGAGGAGGGUUUGAUGCAGAACUGCAACCAGAUGCACGCCUGCUACUUGUUCCAGCAGGACAAACAGUACGACCUCUCCUACGACACCGGGGACAAGGCGCUGCAGUGUGGACGCCACGUGGACAUCUUCAAGCUGUGGCUCAUGUGGAGGGCCAAGGGCACCAUCGGGUUCGAGGCUCAGAUUGACAAGUGUCUGGAGCUGUCGGAGUAUCUGUACAACAAGAUCAAGGACAGAGAAGGAUAUGAGAUGAUCUUUAACGGGAAGCCUCAGCACACCAACGUCUGCUUCUGGUACCUCCCUCCUGGGAUCCGCUACAUGGAGGACAAAGAGGAGAGAAAGAAACACUUGCACAAGGUGGCUCCGGUGAUUAAAGCCCGGAUGAUGGAGUACGGGACGACCAUGGUCAGUUACCAGCCACAAGGGGACAAGGUCAACUUUUUCCGCAUGGUGAUCUCAAACCCCGCCGCCACCUUCGAGGACAUCGACUUUCUUAUCGAGGAGAUCGAACGACUCGGCCAAGAUCUAUAAGACUCGUCUCACCUCGUCCUCACGUUCUUUUCCCCCUUGACGGAUGAAUUGUUUGUCGUGAAUGUACCGGUAAACGUUUCUUUUUUCUCUCUUUCCUCCAAAGUCACAUAUUUAAGAAUAUAUUUGAGAAAAAAAAACAGAUAAAUCCAUAUAUUAUGUAUCGUAGCUUUGCCGUGGGCUGACUUGGUCCAAAACGAUGUAAAAGUGCUUCUGUCUGCUUCUCCUGUAGUGUAGAUCCCAGAGUAGUGUCGGUGAUGUAACUUGUACUUUUUUGUGAUAUGAAGGCUUGUGCAAUAGGUCGAUGAGGAAGAGUUUAUUUUUCAAUCAUCUCUCAUUUGCCCAGUUUGUUGUUUAAGUGCCAAACGUGGUUGUGUUCUAUUGUAACUUUAACUUUUAAACUUCUGGUUUUAAAACUUUGAAAAGAGAAAAAAAAAAGCACUUCACCUUACCUCAGCUUAUUCAACUGCCUUCACAUCUGCACAUAAUCCUCCUCGCAGUGAUUCUCAUGUAGUGAACCAGCACAUGUUCAAAAAAUAAUCCCCACUGGAGCGCACGGUUGUUUGGAUUCGGAAGAAAAACUGAUUUUCAGUAAAUGCCAACGACAGAAAAGUAAAUUCAAAGGAUGUUGGUCCAUGCGGAUCUCAACAUGUGCAUCACGAACAGGCUUUAUAUUCAUAAUAAUCUAAGAUUAGAACGAUCAGCACUUCAGAGGUUCAUGUGAAGUUAUUAUCCUUCAGAUUUUCUUCAAUUCAUGUGGUCGUUUUAUAAUAUAUUUGGAGAUUUUCUCUCUUAAUAUGAGUUUUAAUUGUUGGCAGAGAUUUGACCUUGACAGACCUUUUCAUUUUGGAUGUAAUAGAUUUUAAAUUAUCAAAAAAAUCUUUAAUUUCCGACAUCCACGUCCAAAAUAAACCUUAUGCACAAACUCCAGCUCGAACCCAAAGACCCAAACAACUGCAAAUUGGGUUUAUUUCCACUCGUCAUGCAUUUAAGUCGUGAUCUGUGAAAUCUGAUUCCAGGUCCGUCUUUUUGCUGGUUUAUGCUCAAGUUAGCCGGCUGGACAGAUUGCUGCUCCUUCUCUGUGGUAUUCGACUGGAUCGUCUGGUUAGCAGAGAUGUAGUUCGAUAUUCUCUGCAUAUCGCCCAUGCAGUCCUCGUCUAUGAUGGGAAGAAUUGUGUGAGAGCCAGCGGACAAACUUUAACACAAACUUUUUAUCUUUGCAGAAUUUUUACAAUCACAAAACAAAACCAUAAAAUGGAAAAAGAGGAAAGAAAAACUUGUCUUCUUUAAAACGUUUUGCCGUUACCCUCACUAACACGACUGAAUCUUAAGGAUGAUAACUUUAUAUUCGCAAACCUGUCAUUAGUAUAAAAUAUAUUAGAGAGGUUGUUCUGUAGUUGGGUUUUUGGGUGAAGCACUUAACUGGAAGGUCGAGGAUUGAUCUUUAGAAACUGGGGCAAUAAUCGUUUGAGUUAAUUCCCUUCACCAGAUCUGCAGCUACUGUAAACCUGACAUCACUUGCACUAAGUCACCAGGGGACGAAGAGCAUCCCUUAGCAUUGCAACUGAGAUUUAAUCCAUUCGCAAGCAAUAUAUAUAUAUAUUCCAGUGUGGGUCCAAUCUUAUAAAACCCUGCAGACAUAUUAAAAAGUGACGGUGAACUCACGUGUUGACGAUAAUCAAGUCUCCUGACCAAAUGUUCCGUAGCUGGCAAAAAAAUAAAAUAAAGUUUAGAACAUGCUUGAUGUAGGCGGGUUAGAACAGAGGUUCUGUAGCAUUUCCAUUAGUUAGAAAAGCACAAUUUGCUCAACAUGGUCGGUCAGUGUACAAUCACUUUUGAUCAUAGAUUGUAAAUAGUAUUUCAAGAUGUCCUGAGUACAUAUCUUUGUGUAUACAUAUAUGUAUAUAAGACGUAUAACCAGAGAAUAUUUGUGAGGUAAAGUUAUUCAUAUUUUCUCUAUCUCCGAUAUAGAUUUACUUGUAUUUUCAUCCUGUUUGUCCAAAAGGCUUUUGUGUGUGUGUGUGUGUGUGUGUGCGUGUGUGUGUGUGUCACAUACUUGAUUAUUUGGUGUGUGACAGAAAACGUGUUUCAGGGACUGGCUUUAAACAAACCGACGAGUCGCAGACGAACAACGAGACUCUGACGUUUGGAUCUUACGUAAAUAUGCAAAGCCAUUUAAACUCUGAAGCCCUGUGUUUAUUUCUUUGUUUUUCAUUUGUGUGUGUGUGUGUGUGUGUGUGUGUGUGCUCAAGUGAUAAUUGACGGUAUGUGCCAACGUUUACCGUAGCGUGUUUGUAACUGUGUUGCCUUAGUAUAAAUUUGCCAGUAUUGUCUAGUUUUUCCUCCGCAGGGGAGGUCGUGCACUUUACAGUAUACACAUGACCUAAUAACGUGCAAUGUCCAAUGGUUGUCCAUGUUUUAAACGAUUAUUAUAUUCCAAAAAAAUGUAACUUUAAGCUCUUUGGUCUGAAUGUGACAAGAAUCAAGGGUCUUUACAGAAGAGGGAAGGAUUAUUUGAAGCGUUAAUAUUUAUACAUGAAUUUGUUUAACUACCUUUAACUAGCCUAUAAUUAUCGAUCCCAUUGAUUUUACCUUUCUGAAAGCUAAAAUUUGGCGUUCACACUGUGACACGGACAACAUCAGAUGUGAAACAGCGACAAAGGAAUCUCACUGUGGUAGUCCUGGAAAACCAGACGCGUUGCACCUCUUGCUGCUGCUGCUCGACUUUGCUUCCUUUGCACGUGCAUGCGAUGCCUUGCCUAUCCAGCUUGUUUGAUAUACAGUGUCCUCUAUAUCUAUUUAUAUAUCCAUAUAUAUACAAAUAUACAUUAUGUGUAGCACCUGUACUUAUAGCUUGAGUGUCUGAUGUAUAGCUUGUAGCCUGUAGACUAGUGCACCGUCGCUCUGGCCUUUACAUGUGAUCUCUCGUGUCUUUGGGCUUCCUAUAAAGUGUCUCCGUGCCGCCAGCAUGCUAACCUCGCCUCGCAUUGUAUACCUCGCCGCGCUUGAUCUGACUAUCUCUAUCCUCCGUCUUUCUCUUCUGCUCGACGACUGUCGCCGCUUCUGAACGUAGAGUAUUAUAUAUCUAUAUACGUGUGUAGUCCCUCAGCAUGUCUCUCCGAAAGCUCGUCUCCGCUUCCGCACCUGUACGACCGUUUUUCUAUCUUUCUAUCUCUUCCGCUUUCGCCCUCUGGUAGCAGCGAGAACGUCUCUCCCGCGCUUUCCUCUCAACCUUUCCACGGCCUCCCGCUGUCGUUCUGUUUGUUGUGUCUGAGGCUGGUAAUGUUGACUCGUGUCAUGGUGCCACGGCAUUUUGUUUUCCCAAGACCCUUGACUCUACGGGAUGUAUGAGAAAGAGAAUUAAUAAACAUUUUUUGGCUCGAUUGUCCAAAAACAUGUCUGAUGCAGGUGUUCUUAGCCUUUAGCACAGAAACAGAAAACGUGUUCCCUGGUUUCUUGCUCACAGGAAGUAUUGUUUGUUAAAGAGAACAAUUUAAACCCCGACUACUCAGAGUGCAGUUCAUUUUCACUGAAUAUAAAUCAUAUAUUCUGCAAACUGCUCUGCUAGCUUCUCUAAAACUUUCAUCUGUCCUGAACUAAUGUUACUCCUGGGAAAAUAGAAAUAAAUA